AUAGAAAUAGAGAGGAAGAUAAAUAAACUUUGAUUAAUAAAAUAAAGUCAUGUGCAGCAUAUCAAAUAGAAUACCCUCUCAAGAAUAUGGAAGACAAGAAGAAAUGCAUUAUAAGGUUUCUGAUUUGCUUGUGUUUUCAGCCACAGAUGAUGUAAUAGCUUUCAAAGAGGCUGUUGAAAAUGACAACCAUGAUGUCAAUGAGGUAGGGUUGUGGUACGGAAGGAGAAUUGGUUCAAAGGAAAUGGGAUAUGAAGAGAGAACACCUCUCAUGAUUGCUUCCUUAUUUGGAAGCAAGGGUGUACUGUCAUAUAUUCUUGAAACCGGCCGGGUUGAUGUUAACCAAAAGUAUGGCUCGGAUAGGGCUACUGCUCUUCAUUGUGCUGUUUCUGGUUGUUCUGCUGCUUCUGCUGAGGUUAUCAAGCUUUUGCUUGAUGCAUCUGCAGAUGUUAAUUCUGUUGACGCGAACGGUAACCGGUGCAUUGACUUGAUUCUCAUGAUGUCUAAUAGUAUCUCAGGUUCAAAGAAGAGGUUACUACUAGCCAUACUAGAUGAAUUUAGGAUGUGGGAUGAUAUUGAUGAAUACAAUGAUUUCCUUAAGGAAGUAGGUUUCCAAAUGGAGAAGCAGCAACAAGAUAUUGGUACAGCUCGAAUUGAGAAGAAAGAUUAUCCGAUGGAUCUACCCCUACCCGACAUAAACAAUGGGAUAUAUAGUACAGAUGAAUUUAGGAUGUAUAUAUUCAAAGUGAAGACUUGUUCAAGAGCUUAUUCUCAUGAUUGGACUGAGUGUCCCUUUGUUCAUCCAGGAGAAAAUGCGAGGCGCCGUGAUCCGACGAUAUAUCAAUACACCUGUGUCCCUUGUCCUGAGUUUCGAAAGGGAUCGUGCAGUAAAGGGGAUGCUUGUGAGUAUGCACAUGGUAUUUUUGAGUGCUGGCUUCAUCCUGCUCAAUACAGAACAAGGCUUUGCAAAGAUGAGACUGAAUGCACCCGAAGAGUCUGCUUUUUCGCGCACAAACCCGAGGAGCUUCGGCCAUUGUAUGCUUCUACUGGUUCUGCUUUGCCUUCACCUAUAUCCUAUUCAAAUUCACCAAGUGCUUCUUCAAUGGAUUAUUUCUCACUGAGCUCUCCGUCCAGUUCGACAAAAUCCAUGUCGACACCGCCUUUGACUCCAACUGCAGCGACUUCUCCUGCAGGUGGCAUGAUGUGGCCGACUCAAUCUUAUGCUGCAGUUCCUACUCUUCAGAUGCCAAGAAGCAGAUUGAAAACUGGAUUGAAUUCUAGAGAUGAUACUGAAUUUCUCGAACUUGAAAAUCGCCUUUUGCAGAAGCUAAUGAUUGAAGAGAUGACAGGUCUUUCAUUCCCUUCAAAUAGACUAGCAGGUGUGAAUCCUGCUAACUUUGAUGACAUUCUCGGUUCUCAGAUACCGUCUCCACCAUCAACAACUCAUGUGCAUCCUAAUGUGACUCAGCAACUUUGGAGCUUUUCUUCUGACCUUGCCAAUUCAAAUGUGAUUGGAUCACCAAAGUUCACUGUUGAUCCCUCGAUGAAUUCAAAAAAUGAUGCCCUGUCGAAGCGGAGCCAGAGCUUUAUUGAGCGCAGCAGCAUGGCCACCUUUAGUUCUGAACUCUCCCCUGCUACCUCGGUUGCUAUGGAGCCAUAUACUAACUUGUCUGGUUGGGGCUCCCCUGAUGGAAAAUUAGACUGGUCCAUCCGUGGUGAUGCACUAAAUAAGAUGAAAAAGUCGUAUACUUUCAGCUUUCGAGACCAACUAAGCAAUUCAACAAUGGUUGAGCAAAAUGAUGAUGAUCAAGAUGUAUUAUUAAGGCAGGAAUCAUGGGUUAAUUCACUUGUGAAGGAUUCUCCAACAGUGCAAUCGGAACAACAUUGUGUUGAAGAGUAACAUCAACCGCAAUUGUACAAGGAGCUUGAGCAGAUAGAUGGUGGUGUGAAUCUAAUGUUAACUCUAACAUUGGAUCCUAUGUGCAUCCCUAUACUAAGUUAUGUAUUAAAUGAUUAUGAUACUUUCUUUGAUUUUAUAGAUAUUGAGUAUGUAUAGGUGAGGAUAUUUUGUUGAAAAAAUGUAAAAUGUUAAUAAUACAUAAG